UUUUGCUGCAAAUCUCAUAAGUAAGACCGACCUCGCUCGGAAAAGGGAUGCGAACGACCGCCCUCCCAUCACCUUUCUAUCGCUCGUAGAAUGCCCUUGGCUCGUCCCUCGUGCGGUCUUGCGGUCUUGAUUUCAGUGCCCUGCAUAUGGAUUCCCAUUUGCCGGGCACAGGCAUCAGGCCCAACUCAGAAGACAGAGACUCUCAGGGCAAGUGUCGGUGGCGACGCGACCGCGUCGGCAGACAGCCUUCCCAAUCCGCGAGCUACGCCGCCAUAUUAUGCAACGAGAGCACACUGAAUGUGCUUUUUGUCCUGGCAGGAGGGCCUAUCACUGUGUUAACAGCUGAAGUGCGUUUUAUUAGCGAAACAUCAACACGGGCGGCGGUCGCUCACGCGGAUGUCGACGUCACGCAUCCGUACCCAUUCACGAUCAAGUCGCUCCUCGUCAGACACCUCGUCUAUCGCUACAUGCGAGGGCCAGUCAUCGACACGCCUGGUAUUUUGGGACCGCCUACGAAGAACUUGAACACGAUGGAGAUGGCUGGGAGCACAAACAAGGUUGAGUACAUGCGCGCUGUUUUCCGUGGACGCGUACCUUCGGAUGCGCGACUCGCAGUUGUCUCGGCGCUGGUUAGGCGAACUAAACAAUGAGAUCAAGUGGUUCUUGUACGAUACCGAUUCGAAGUGUAGCGUUAGUAUAUAUGUGACGAUUGCUACAACACCUACAUGUGCGCGUGACGCUCUCCGAGUCCGCGUUGGUGGUCUCCUCGGACCUGUUCCGGCUCCCGGUCAAAAGCUCUACAGUUUCCACGCGGGUCAUCGGAGUCUUGGGUCACCACGGGCCGUCGUCUGCUUGUUCCCAAAUAGCUGCCUAGUCGAGUGGAAACGCUUGCACGUACCUCAACUUACAUUUUA